AUGUCGGUGGUCACCAUUGCAGCCAUGAGCGCCCUCAUGCCGGCCCAGUUAUUCUUCAAGACGGAAGAUGGAGGCAAAUAUCCUGUGAUAUUUAAGCACGGGGAUGAUUUGCGGCAGGAUCAGCUCAUUCUCCAGAUUAUUUCCCUCAUGGACAAGGUGACCGAUUUCUGUUUCAUGCAGUUCAUUCAGUCCGUCCCCGUCGCAGAAGUCCUUGCUACCGAGGAAAGCAUACAGAACUUCUUCCGGAAACACGCUCCGAGUGAAACGGGGCCCCACGGGAUAAGCGCGGAGGUGAUGGACACGUACGUCAAGAGCUGUGCCGGCUACUGUGUGAUAACGUACAUCCUCGGCGUGGGAGACCGACACUUGGAUAACCUUUUGCUCACCAAAACAGGUAAACUUUUCCACAUCGAUUUUGGCUACAUUUUGGGCCGGGAUCCAAAGCCUCUUCCUCCGCCGAUGAAGCUGAAUAAAGAGAUGGUGGAAGGCAUGGGAGGGACGCAGAGCGAGCAGUAUCAGGAGUUCCGCAAGCAGUGCUACACGGCUUUCCUUCACCUGCGCAG